UUCAAAACAACUAAAAGUAAAUAUACUACUCUCCAUCAUGCACCCAAAGGUGUGGUAGAAUUAGGGUUUUCAAAAACCGCGCCAUAAUCGAAGCAUAGGCGUAUGGCUGCUGACAAAGACGAUAACUCGUCAGCUCCGCGGCCUGAGAAGCCGCUUUCUAGAAAUCUGGUGACCGCUGAAGAGUUCAUAUCAUCGGUGGCGGCCAAAAUUGCUGCUCAGCCGCUUCAGUAUUCUGAUCCCGAAGUUUGGGGAGUGCUCACGGCUAUAUCUGAGAAGGCGCGCAAGCGCAAUCAGUGCAUGCAUAUGCUUCUGACUUCAAACGAGCAUUGCAUUGGCCGGCUAGUAGAUGAUGCUCAUUUUCAGAUCAUUUCACCAGCAGUUAGUGCAAGCCAUUGCAAGAUAUACCAGAAGAAGAUUGCUACUGGAGUUACUGAACAACAGUUGGCAAACUGUUCUGCAUUCGUGAAAGAUUCUAGCACAAAUGGGACAUAUUUAAACUGGGAGAGACUGAGCAAAAAUAGCUUUGAAGCAAAGCUACGCCAUGGGGACAUUGUCUCAACAGCAUUUGCUCCACACCGUGAGCUUGCUUUUUCAUUUGUAUAUCGUGAAGUCCAGAAAUCCUCUCGUGUGACUGAUGGGGGAUCUCUACAGAGAAAAUCAGAGGAAUAUUGUGCUGAGAACAAGAGACUGGAAGGAAUUGGCAUAGGAGCUUCUGAUGGUCCGCUCUCCCUUGACGAUUUUCGCAGCCUUCAAAGAUCAAAUAUGGAACUCAGGAAGCAACUGGAAGAUCAAGUUGCAACAAUUGAAUCCUUGCACAGUGAAAGUCGUGCAGCUACUGAGAAGCAUGAAACUGAAAUGAAGGAGUUGAAUGAAUCUGUAUCAAAAUCUUUUCAAGAUAAACUCAGUCAGUUGAACCAAUUUUUGGAGUCUAAAGACAAAGAAUUAGCUGAGCUAAGUCGAAUAUCUGCUGAGCAAAAACAUGGAAUUGAGGACCUUAACGAAAGACUUAGUGCAUCUAUGCAGUCAUGCACCGAGGCCAAUGAAAUAAUUGCAAGCCAGAAGGCUUCUAUAUCAGAACUCAAAGUACUACUAGAUGAAGAGCGUGACCAGAGAAGAGAAGAGCGAGAGAAGGCUCGGGCAGAUAUGAAAAGGGCAAUACAAAGAAUGCUGGUUGAACUGAAACGAGUAUUAGAAACUUCUAUGAGACGAGAGAAGGAGCAGGAAGAAAUUAUUAAUAAGCUUCAGGAGACAGAAGGAAAAAUGUACAAUGGUGGAAACCUUGAGGUUCAACUUGGAAGAUGCACGGCAAAUGCUGGUCAACUCUGAUAACAAAGUGCGUCAAUUGGAGGGUCAAAUUCACCAGGAGCAGCAAGCAUCUGCCAGCACUAUUAAAGGGGUUGAAGAAUUGGGUAUGAAAGAAAAAGAAUGAGCAAAGAACUUGAACGUGAAAAGCAGGCAGUUCGUGAGGAAGCAUGGUCAAAGGUGUCUGCUCUUGAACUUGAGAUCAGUGCGGCAAUGCGGUAUCUUGAUUUUGAAAGGCGUAGGCUAAAAGGGGCUAGGGAAAGAUUAUGCUCCGGUGAUAAUAGAAGCAUCGAAAAUGGAUUUCAUUUCUGAUCAACUGAGCAUUUUUUACUGGAGACCUGAAAGUUUGAAUUACAACAUAGAUUCAACAGAUGUUCUUUUUAUGUGAUCUUUAUGCUAUGUUAUAUCUAUCAUAUUUCAGAGUUUGUUUAUCAUACCGGUAUGUUUAAUUAAAAUUCACUGCUGAUUAUUAAUGCCAGGAUAAUUUUUAUGCAGUGAAACACAGCUACGUGCCUUCUAUUCUACAACUGAGGAGAUAUCAGUGCUGCUUGUGAAGCAGCAAGAACAGCUUAAAGCAAUGCAAAGAACCCUAGAAGAUGAAGAGAACAAUUAGAGGACAUCAAAUGAUAUUGAUCUCAAUCGAGUCGAUGGCAAUGAAACUCGAUCAAUAGUGAGAGACAAGGAAGAGGUCCAUCAAAGCAACAAAGAAGCUAAAACAGGAUCUGGUGCUUCUCCUCAUGUCCUUGGCAUGGCUCAAACCGUGUCUUCAAGUGAUGAAGCAAGUGUAACAGAGAAGCAUGACUGCAAUUCCAAAAGCCAAGAACAGGGUGAAGAAACACAGGAGGUAGAAUUCACUGGUGCUGAAUGUGAUGAUGCUAAUGGUGGGUUUGGCUCUGACUCUGACAUCAAUGCCAUUGGCACAGCACCCCUUUCUUGUGGUGAUGCCAUUGGAACUGAGCAAAUUCCCGACACUGAAGGUGUCGGCACACCCCAACUCUUCGAAGGUGGCACUAUUGAAACUGAGCAAGUUCUGGAGACGGAAAGCCUGGAGCUUCAGAGCGGGAAGAACAUCGAUCUGAAUAGAUGCAGCACACCAGAUUGGGAUACGAUGCAGCUUGACAAUAGCACCAAUGAACAAGAAACACCAGAACACGCCACAAG